AUGCCCGUGGCUCCUCCGAAUCACCUUCAAGGCCGGUCCUUUAAGGUGCAGAGAGUCAAGCGCGGUGAUUAUGUUCCCAACGGACCUGCGGCACUACGCAAAGCAUACCGCAAGUUCGGAAUUGAUGCAACAACCCUCAAUGGGUUGGACGUGAGCGACUUCCAACCUUUUGAAACCACGGAUACCACCUCUGUGAAAGUUGCAAAGGAAGAUGUAGCAGAUCCUGACCAGACGGGCACCGUGGAUGCCACUUCUGUUGAUGGAGAUGUGGAAUUUGUCUCGCCGGUCAAUAUUGGAGGUCAAACCCUCGACAUGAAUUUUGACAGUGGCUCUGCUGAUAUGUGGGUGUUGAACUCGAGACUUCCAAAGUCACUGCGAAACGGCCGAACAGUGUACGAACCGAGCAAAUCCACUACCUUUGAAGAGCUCGCCAACAGCACAUUCAAUAUCCAGUACGGCGAUUCUUCCUAUGCCAAUGGUGGAGUAGGCAAGGAUGUUGUUUCGAUUGGCGGUGUCAAAGUUGCCGGGCAAGCAUUCGGCCUUCCGACGGAAAUUUCGCAGACAUUCGCCGAUGACACCAAGUCUAACGGACUCGUCGGUCUUGGCUUUUCUUCGAUCAACACCGUUCUGCCACAGCGUCAGAACACAUUCUUCGACAAUGUCGCUCCCAACCUCGACGAGCCGGUCUUCACCGUUCGACUGCUCAGCAACGGUGUCGGUGAGUAUGAAUUCGGAACCGUCGAUCCGACAAAGUACCAAGGCGUCAUGGCCAAUGUCAGCGUGGAUUCAUCCAACGGAUUCUGGCAGUUCGACUCGGCACAGUACGCCAUAGGAGAAGGCCCCUUGCACACGAUCGCCAAAGCACCCCAGGCCAUUGCAGACACUGGAACCUCGCUUAUGAUGGUUAGCCCUGAGGUCGCGGAAGCGUAUUAUAAGCAAGUCGAUGGCGGAUUAUACGCCAAUAAUGCCAAUGGGUAUAUCUUCCCCUGCACCUCGAGCUUGCCCACCCUAUCCGUUGCGAUCGGGUCUGGUUAUUUGGUUACCGUUCCUGGAUCGUUCAUGAAUUGGUCCGAGGUUGGAACCAACACGACUACUGGAGAAACAGUGUGCUAUGGUGGCCUUCAGUCGAGCGGGAGCUCAACCAUGGCGAUCUAUGGCGAUGUGUUCUUGAAGGCUUUGUUCGUGGUCUUUGACAAACGCGGACCUUCUUUGGGAUUCGCAGCGCCUGCUUAA